AUGGGGUUCUACUCUCCCCCGCCACCGGCUCGACCCUUCAGCGAGGACAAGGCGACAUUGCUCACCUCUUGGUGGAUCACGGCAAUGUGCGUCUUUAUCGUCCUCCUCCGUUUGAUCGGUAGAUAUGUACGCGUGGAAGCCCUAUUUGCCGAAGACAAAGUCGCGGCCAUUGCGCUUGUCCCGUUACUGUUACGCAUGGCUUUUGUGCAUCCCAUUCUUCUCUACGGCACCAACAACGUCCUCGUAGACGACACCCAUGCACUGACCGAAACCGAAAUAUACCACCGCUCAAUCGGUAGCGGCCUCGUUCUCUUCAGUCGAAUCCUCCACCCAGCAAUCCUUUGGCUUUUCAAAGAAUCCACCCUCGCCUUCUUCGACAGCCUCGUUGGGACCUCCGGCAAGCACAGUUACACGCGCCUGCUCCGAUACACGCGCAUCUUCCUCAUAGUGAGCUUCAUCGGCAUCUGCGUCGCCACCCUUGCCGAGUGCCACCCCUUCCCGCAGCACUGGCAGGUCGUGCCCGACCCCGGCGGCCAUUGUCGGCAGGGCUACGUGUACCUGACCAUCACGACGGCCUGCAACGUGAUAACCGACCUGCUGCUGGUCGCCCUCCCUGUGCCUGUCGUGCUGCGGAGUGGCAUUUCGGCCGGGCGCAAGGCGUUGCUGGUGUUGCUUUUCAGCCUGCAUCUGCUCACGGCGUUCGUGGCCCUGUAUCGGGUGCCUGGGAUCUUGCGCGAGCGCAGUUAUCAGGCUACGAGGACCAUGUGGGCUAGUGUUGAGGUCUUGGUGGCCACCUUUGCAGCGAACGCGUUGACCAUCGGGACGUUUGUGAGGGAUACUGGACUGAAGAAGAGGAAGUUUCGGUACCAGCCGCCAGAGGAGGAUGUUGUGAGGAGUGCGAGAAGGGAGUCCAGGGUUGUCGGCAAGACAGUGUCGUGGGAUGACCCUGUUUCGGAGGCAAAGGACGGCGUUGUUACAGAGACUGCAGAUAGUGAUGCCAGUGGCUUACGGGAGACGGAUGGUACAAGGAAGGCAAUGCUGGCAAGCCAUAGGGAGCGAGGCCGUAGCACGGAGAGCCUCGACUCCCUCAUCCCACGGAGCCGGUUUGGCGCGUCGACACCCAGCGGCAUGGGGGUCAUCAAGACGACGACGAUUCAGGUUACAGCUUCCGCGGCGGACGAUCCGUCGCUCACGCCCGGUUAUGGCGCAGUCACGGCCAGUACAAGGGGCAGACUCCGGGGCUCAAGCAUUCAGCUGCAACAUUUGCGCCGCCUGUCUGAUUCAGAUGCUGGUCUGUGA